AUGGCUCUCAACCGGAAAUACUCGGCACUGCCCGAUUUAGACACGGCACCAGAUAUUUACGAAACGCCCGAGCUCACAGACGACAACUCCACGGUCCUGACGACAACGGGUCGGUCGCCUUCUGAUGAGUCGGACGACAACGACGACGACGACGACGUCGACACGGGCAUCUCGCGAUCCCGUGUCCAAGUUGACCAAGCCCGCUCGCGCUUUGUCGGAUCAACGGUCGACGCGCGCGGCGUUGACUUUUCGGACCGUGUUGACGGCAAGCGGAAAUCGUACAGAACAGCAACAUCGGCACGGCGGCGGAGGCGUCAGCAACAGGCUGUCUUGGGCGACGUGAGCGAUGAGGACGGCGAAGGAAACGAAAACGGUGAUGACGACGACGACGACGAAGACAGCGACUCGCCCGACGGCCUGGAGCGUAAGAUUGCACGCUUAAAACGGGAGGUGGAAGAGGCCAAGCUGGCCUACAGCCGGCAAAAAGCCGAGGCGGCAGCAGCCAAGGCAAACGCCAAAGGCGCGGCACCGGGAACCGCGGCGGGACGCGACCUCGACUCGCUGAGCCAGGUGCUCGACGACAUUGCACGCCUCGCCGACGAGCAGGCCGCCACGACAACACGUUCUCUGGCGACGGUGCCUCCGACAGCAGCGCCCGCCGAAUCUGCUUCUUCUCCAUCUCCAUCUACAUCCGCGCCUGCGCCCUCAGCGGCCGGCGCACAUGCGCUCGCCCAGACCGCCGAUUUUGACCGCCGCCUCGUGCUCCUCGAGCGGUCCAUUGGCAUCGAGGGCGGCGACGGUGCCGGCCUGCCCCGCGCCAUCCUACCCACCCUCGACGCCCUCCAGCGCCAGAUCGGCACCCUGGCCGACGCUUCGACGGCCUCGCUCGACGGCAUCGCGCGUCGUGUCCGCACCCUCGCCCAGGAGGCCGACCAGCUGGCCAAGGCACGCCAGGCUGCCAAAGCCGCCCAAGAGGCGCUGGCCGACGUGACGGGCGGCAAAGCGACGGACGGUCCAGGCCACGCCGCCAAGGAUGCGUCCAGGGACGACGGCGACGGCGCCAAAAUCAACGCCCUGUACGGCACGCUGCCCACGAUUGAGCAGCUCGCGCCGCUGCUGCCGCAGCUGCUGGACCGGCUGCGGUCGCUGCGGGCGAUCCACGCCGAUGCAGCGGGCGCCAGCGAGCUGCUGGACGCGCUGGCGCAGCAGCAGGCGGACACGGCGGCCGAAGUCAGGCAGUGGCGGCAGGGCCUCGACACGAUGGAGGCGGCACUGCGGGACGGCGAGACGACGAUGGGCAAGAACGCGCAGGUGAUGGAGGGCUGGGUCAAGGGGCUGGAGGCACGGCUCGACAAGCUGGCGUGA